AGUAACAAGAUUGCAAUCAGUUCACAAUUACAAAUUAAAUUUAGACCAUUGAAUAUUAUUCAGAACUACAUUCAAAAACAUGUAACUCUCAAGAAACCUCCUCGGUUAUUUUGUAUUUUUAAAAUGUGUCUAUUUUUAAAAAUAGGUUAUGUUCAGCCAGGUUCUACCAGUUUUACUCUAUCAGACUUGACACCUUAUACACAAUACCAUGUAUCAGUAAACGCCUUUACUUAUGGAAAAAUACAACGGGAGGGACCUGCUGUGACCAGAUCCUUUUGGACAGAAAUAGGAAAACCAGACAUGGUUAGAGACAUGGUUGUAAAGGUUACAAGUGACAAUAGUGUAACAGUUGAAUGCAAGGAGCCAGAAAAUAAACAUGGUCCCAAUUUGACCUACUAUUUGAAUAUGACAUCUUUGUAUGACAGUGUAUGGCUGAACAACAAAACUUGCAUGUUUGCACUGCAUAAUCUUCAUUACAUGACCAGUCAUACAUUUGAGCUCUACUCUUACAAUGGGAAGUAUUACGGAGCCCCAGCUACUGCAAUUAAAGUAACAAACUAUAAUUCCCGUGCAUUGAUCAUGUUUCUGAUAUUUUUGAUUAUUGUGACAUCAAUAGCCUUACUAGUUGUUCUUUAUAAGAUCUAUGAUCUGCACAAAAAAAGAUCAAGUAGUCCAGAUGAACAGAUAGGACUUGUUCAAAGAGAUGAUGAAAAGCAGAUAAUGAAUGUGGAGCCAAUCCCUGCAGAGAUAUUACUGGAAACAUAUAAGAGGAAGAUUGCUGAUGAGGGAAGACUUUUUCUGGCUGAAUUUCAGAGUAUUCCAAGGAUAUUCAGCAAGUUUUCAAGUAAAGAUGCACGCAAACCCUUUAACCAGAAAAAUCGUUACAUUGACAUCCUUCCCUAUGAUUAUAAUCGUGUUGAACUCUCUGAGAUAAAUGGAGAUACUGGAUCAGACUAUAUAAAUGCAAGUUAUGUGGAUGGUUUCAAAGAGCCAAGGAAAUAUAUUGCUGCACAAGGUCCCAGAGAAGAAACUGUUGAUGAUUUCUGGAGGAUGAUCUGGGAACAGAAAGUAACUAUUAUUGUCAUGGUGACUCGCUGUGAAGAAGGAAACCGGAACAAGUGUGCAGAAUACUGGCCAACAAUGGAAGAGGGCACUCAUAUUUAUGGAGAUGUUAUUGUAAAGAUACAUGAGCACAAAGUAUGUCCAGAUUACAUUGUUCAGAAACUGAAUGUUACAAAUAAAAGGGAGAAAACAACUGGAAGAGAUGUGACACACAUUCAGUUCACCAGCUGGCCUGACCAUGGGGUCCCAGAUGAUCCUCACUUGCUCCUCAAGUUGCGUCGAAGAGUUAAUGCCUUCAGCAACUUUUUCAGUGGUCCUAUUGUUGUCCAUUGCAGUGCUGGUGUUGGCCGUACGGGUACCUACAUUGGAAUUGAUGCUAUGCUGGAAGGACUAGAAGCUGAAAACCAAGUGGAUGUUUAUGGUUAUGUUGUUAAGCUUCGGCGACAGAGAUGUCUGAUGGUUCAAGUGGAAGCACAGUACAUCCUGAUCCAUCAGGCUUUGGUAGAGUAUAAUCAGUUUGGAGAAACUGAAGUGAGCAUGCUAGAGUUACAUUCCUAUCUAAAUAACAUGAAAAAGAGGGAUCCACCCAGUGAGCCUUCCCCACUGGAGGCAGAAUUCCAGAGACUUCCCUCAUAUAGGAACUGGAGGUCCCAGCACACUGGAAAUCAAGAAGAAAAUAAAAGCAAAAAUAGAAAUUCCAAGAUUAUUCCAUAUGACUUUAACAGAGUGCUUCUGAAACAUGAAUUGGAGACUAGCAAAGAGAGUGAACAUGAUUCAGAAGAAUCAUCUGAUGAUGAUAGUGACACUGAUGAGCCCAGCAAAUAUAUCAAUGCUUCUUUCAUAACUGUACGUAUUUUAA